CUGGUCGUUUGUGCUUUGGUGCGUCUUUCCAAGGACACUAAAGGAAAAUGAAAGGAGCCGUCUCUCUCCAGGUUCUUCUCUAUGCCUCGUUAAUACAGAGCUUCAAGGUUGUAUCCAAAAGAGGCUCAGUGGACGGCUGUACGGACUGGUCAGUGGACUACUUAAAAUACAGAGUUCUGAAUGGGGAGCCAGUGAGGAUUAAGUGUGCGUUGUUUUACGGCUAUAUCCGCGCCAACUAUACCCACGCUCAAAGUGCUGGCCUCAGCCUCAUGUGGUACAAGAGUGUUGGACACGGGGACUUCGAGGAACCCAUUUCCUUCGAUGGGAUCAGAAUGAGCAAGGAAGAGGAUUCCAUCUGGUUUCGACCAGCUGAAUUGCAGGAUGUUGGGCAUUACUCUUGUGUACUACGAAAUUCUACAUACUGCAUGAAAGUGUCCAUGUCCUUAACGGUGUCGGAAAAUGACACAGACCUGUGCUACAACACUAACAUGAAGUACGUGGAGAAGGCUGAGUUAAGUAAAGGGAAGGACAUCCUUUGUCCCAACAUAGAGGAUUAUAUCCAGCCUGGCAAAGACCCAGAAAUUGAAUGGUACAAGGAGUGCAAACCCAAACAGUGGCGACAAAGCAUCGUCAGGAAGAAGGAUACGCUUUCCAUCAAGGACGUGAGAGAAGAUGACAUUGGGAAUUAUACUUGCGAGUUAACGUUCGGGAACUUUCUGGUUCGACGGACCACCGAACUGUCAGUCACGGCCCCUCUGACUGACAAACCUCCCAAGAUUUUGUUUCCAGCGGAAAACAAACUAAGCGUUAUGGAGAUGCAGUUAGGUAAUCUGGUGAACCUGACGUGCCGGGCGUUUUUUGGCUACAGCGGCGACGCGAGUCCUCUCAUCUACUGGAUGAAGGGCGAGAAGUUCAUCGAGGAUCUGGAUGAGAGCCGGGUUCGAGAAAGUGAAAUCAAAACUCUGAGGGAGCAUCUGGGGGAGCAGGAAGUGUCCAUUACUCUGACCAUCGAGACGUUGGAGGAAGCCGACCUGGGGAACUACUCCUGCUACGUGGAGAACGGUAACGGCAGACGGCAAGCCAACAUCCUGCUCACCAGACGCGAGCUCAUGUAUACAGUAGAGCUGGCGGGUGGACUGGGUGCCAUUCUUCUCCUACUGAUUUUCCUGAUAGCCCUGUACAAGUGCUACAGGAUUGAACUCAUGCUCUUCUACAGGAACCACUUCGGCAGUGAGGACGUGGACGGCGAAAACAAGGACUACGACGCGUAUCUGUCCUACACCAAAGUGGAGCCAGAGCAGUGGAGCCAGGAGACGCGAGAGGAGGAACGCUUCGCUCUGGAGAUCCUUCCCGAUGUGCUAGAGAAGCAUUAUGGGUAUAAGCUCUUUAUUCCAGACAGAGAUCUGAUCCCUACUGGAACGUACAUCGAAGACGUCGCGCGCUACGUGGACCAGAGCAGGCGCCUCAUCAUCGUCAUGACCCCCAGCUACGUGGUGCGGCGCGGCUGGAGCAUCUUCGAGCUGGAGACGCGCCUCCGCAGCAUGCUGGCGAGCGGCGAGAUCAAGGUCAUCCUGAUCGAGUGCGCCGAACUCCGCGACACCAUAAACUACCAGGAGGUGGAGGCGCUAAAACACACCAUCAAGCUGCUCACCGUGAUCCGCUGGCCCGGCCCCGACGCCAGCAAACUCGGGAGCAAGUUCUGGAAGCGGCUCCGCUACGAGAUGCCCUUCAAGCGGCGCGAGCGCGUGGUCUCCCACGAGCUCUCGCACGAGAUCUCGCACGAGCAGGCGCUGGAUGCCGGUGAGCUGCAGAGCGUCUCCGCGCUCUCCAUGGCGGCCGCCGCGUCCACCGCCGUGGCCGCCGCGCGCCCCGAGCUGCGCUCCGCCUUCCGCAACACUGCCUGUCACGCGCAGAUCGGGCAGAAACAUUACUACCGCGGAUACGGGUACGACGUGCAGCCGCUGGCCACGCUGGGCGCGCAUCAUACUUACUGCAACAUCCCGAUGAACCUGCUGAACGGACAGCGGGUGCAAGGGAAGGCGCAGAGGAGCGCCGACCACCACCACCAGCAGCAGCAGCAGCAACAGAUGGAGGAGCAGCACGCCAACAAUGCCAUGUUGCCUCUGUUGCCGCGCGAAACCAGCAUCUCCAGCGUGAUCUGGUGACGUCAACUGGUGCGACAACGUAGGACUUUUUUUGUAGACGCUUUUUCGACCUCGUCGCCUCCGGUUUAUCAGUAAUUAUGGUAAAACGACACAAACUGCUGCUGCUGUUGAACCUGUGCCCAUCUUGCAGGGACUUAUAACGAAUAGAUGUAGGCGGGAGAAGUCUGGAAACCCUACAAACCGUUUGUGUUUCAGACUGGCACACAGACAACACUAAAGUCAUUCGACACUCAAGGAAUACAGGGUCUUGUACAUAUAUUUCCAUUUUCUUUGUAGCAUCGUUUUUAUUCUUAUUAUUUACCAGAUUUAAUUUCCAUUCACUCGUUUUAUCAUUUAAAUUUUUCUAUAGACUUUUUUUGUAUGAAUAAGAAAAGAAACGUUGGUAUUACGACUUAUUUCCUUCGACUUUCUUUGCGAGUUUGCAAGUGUAGGUUAAAAUA